AUGAACGAAGAGAAGAAAAGAGACGGGGAAACGAUGAUGAUGAUGAUGGAAGACAACGUUCAUCGCAUCGAGGACGUUGAGAAAAGAACGACGACGACGAUGACGAGGAUGAGAGCGCGAAGGCAAAAACCAACCGGAGAAGAAAUGCUGACGAGGAACGGCGCGUGGGAAAUUCUGGACGCCCUGGACGCGCGCGAGAAGAAGAAGGGAAAGAAGAAAAAAGACGCGCUCGUGAGAUUUUUAGAAGACUUUCGCGCGGUGCACACGCUCGCGCGAGAGGUGUUGCCAGAGUGCGAAACGAAAACCGCGACACUCGAACGCGUCGAGAAUCCCAUCUUUUUGGCAAAGGCGGAAAAAAAACCAAGCGUGUAUGUGCAACGAUUUAAAAUCGAUACGACGACAACGACUGGGAUGGUGGAUAACGACGACGACGCGAUCGAGGAAGAGGUGGAGAGAGCGGUGAGGAAGGCGGUUGGGUUGAGCGCUGAAGAGGAGGAGGAGGAGGAGGACGAAGCGCCGUGCGAAGUGCGCGUGCUGGAAACGUCCGAAGGCGUCGUCGCAUCGUCGUCUAUGGAUGCGGUUAUCGUUGUCGUGGACUUUCGAGAGAAAGAAGGAUCUGUUCCAAGCGUAUCGUUUGGAAGCGACGACGACGAAGAAGAAUAUGAAGAAGACAACAAAGAGAAAGUAAAAAAAGAAGAACUUUUCGAAGGUGGUAUCGUGGAACCAGAUCUGGAAACGUCGUUGAAAGAGUUACAUCCGUUCGCCAUCUCUAUCCGACAAUUAUCCAAACGAAUCGGUGAAGACAACGUGUUUUUAGUCGUCACGCACUGCGGCGACGACUACGUCGAGAAAAGAGACUGGUGCGAGUUAAUCGACGUGCCGCCAGAGAACGUGACGUUUUGCCAAAGCUCGUUCGUGCACGCGCUUUCCGAGGAUUACAACAAAAACAAAUCGAACAAAUCGAGCGCGACGUACGUGGAUAUUCCAGACCGUCUCGUGGAAUGGAUCGACGAUUGGAGAGAGGAAAGAGGGAAGUCGCUACGAAGCGAGUUUCAACGAGAGAGAGAGACGGUGCAUUUCUUCGCCGCGCUGAAAGAUGCGUAUUUUAUUCCGUUCGAAAAGAAAAAGAGUAAAAAAGAAGAUAGAGAAGAUGAAGAAGAAGAAGAAGAAGAAAAAGAAGAAAAGAAGAAAGAGGAGUUAAAGGCGUCGACGAAGCGAGUGGAUGAUGAAAAUGCUGCCUCGGCCAAAGACGGUACCGCCGUAGAUUCUGCGGUGGCGGCUAAAGACGAUGACAUUUCCAAGAAAGUCAUCGAUAGUCACUCGAGAGUUGCGUUGAAAACAGUCUCUGCGUGCUUCGAUCGCGCCAUUGAAGGCAUGGGUGCUGGCGUCAUCAGCGGCGCACCCGCGAUGGCGGCGAAGUUCGAUAAGAAUUACGCGUCCUCGUCUGACAAGAUGAUUACGCGCAACCAGCUUCACUAUUUCGUAUCCAAAUACGCCGUGGCGCAAUAUCCAGCCGCGUUUAUCCUCGCUUGGGCCAUUCCCGGUCCGUUGAUGGCACACCCGGUGCAUUUAUCCAACCGAUUUCGCAUCGCUCUGUGCUUCGCCAUCGUCGGAGGACGCGAAUAUAUGAACAUGGAAACAAUCGCCACGACGUUGGCGCUCGGCGCAGGGGCGGAUGGAUUGGCCGUUCUGAACGCAUCUUUUGAAGAAAAUGAUUUGGAGAGACAAGAAAAUGACGACGACGACGAGGACAACGACGAUGACGCGAGCGAUGAAAGCGGUGACGACGACGAAGUUCGUCGCGCCUCUGUCAAGGUAGAAAAGGAAAAAGAAGAGGAAUCCGCGGAGGAGAAGAAGGAGAAGAAGGAGAAGAAGAAGAAGGAGAUACCGCUUCCGGUUCCAAAAACGAAAGAAGAUGAAACAAAACAUGAAAAAGGAGAAGAAGAAACGAAAGCAAGCAGCAGCAGCAGCAGCAGUAAAUUAUUAGCGUCCUUCACGGAACGAGUCAACGCCGCGUUGAGCGCGAUUGAAACGUCCACAUCUGAGCUCCGUCAAAAUGCCGAAAAUGCCAUCAAGGACGCGUUUACCAUCGCCGACCGAACGGUGGCGAAAGCGGAACGAAAAGCGAAGAAACUGACGCGCAAAUCGCUCAAUCGAGCUUUGGACGACGGGUUAAUCACGAGAAAACAGGCUUUGCAGAUGAGCAAAGGUUUCUUCCGAAACGCUUUUUACGAGUACGUCGUCAGAGACAUCUCUGCUUUGAUUUGCGGACCGAGAUAUUUAUUGUUCACGCAGGCGGAUUUGACGCAAAUUGUAAACUCGUCGAUGACGUUCUACGUCGCCGAGGCGGCGUGUAAAACGUUCUUACCGGACAGAUUCAACCACAAGGAGAAACUAGAAAUCGAUGGUGGUAACGCUUCGGCGAUGGGGACAACGACGCUUUCGGCGAAAUCGCUCGCGGAAUCAGAGGCGGGGAUUAAGGCGAAGGAGUACUGCGACGCGGCUUCGGAGAAAUUCUCCCAAACCGCCGAGUCUGCAAAGCAAACGGCGGAGGCCGCGAAAGUGAAAGCGCAAGAAGCGGCGGCCAGAGCGGCACAAUCCGCACACGAUGCCGCCACGAGGGCAGCCGAAUCUGCGCAAGAAGCUGCCAGAGCGGCUCAAGAGAACGCGCAAAAGGCGAAGGAGGCGGUCUGGUCCUACGUGUCCUCAAUUUCUUCCUCGGUCGCCGCGGCGGUUGCCAAAAGCGACGACGACUCUGACUUGAUCGAUAAGAGUUUAGAUCCAAACUCGUACGCCGCAAAGUUGGUCCCGCAAAUUCCAUCGUACAAACUUGCCGCCGCUUUUGGCGGUCCCGCGAUGAAGAAAGCGUUGGCGUUCAACCUUCCGUCGCUUCUCGCCGACGCCGAUUGUCGAAAUUUGGGUUUCACCAAAUCCGUCUGGACUGGGAACUCGAAAGAGUUGGACGACUUGUUCGCGAAAUACGACCAAGAAAAACGCAUCCGCGCCGUCGCUCGCAAAGCUUUAGUCUUAUGUCUCCAAUCUUCGAACAAGAAAAGCGUCGCCGAGGAGCUCAAAAAGUGCGGUUUGAUGCAAAGCGAGAAAUCAAAAAUGCACUUAAAGUUGGAAGAGCGACAAAAAGAGCACAAAAAAGAAAGCAGCAACAGCGCGGCAACCUCACCCACGUCAACCCCUCCUCCUUCUCACUCCACCGCCUCCUCCUCCUCGUUGGUAUUCGCCAACGUCCAGUUACCAUCGAUUCCUUCCCCUUCCAGUCUCUUCGCCAACUGGGGUCGAGGAGGAGGCGUCGGGUCGAAAGAAACGACUGCGACACUCAUCCCUGCCGCUACCGACGGGAAAACAACUGCAAAAAAGGACGGCGACGACGUAAACGACGACGAAAAAGACGCUUCGCCGAAAUCGCCCAUCGCCGUUGUAAAUCGCACUUGA